AUGAAGUUUCACGUUAACAAACCGUUUAACAAGGUUCGCGAUAUCGGCAGUACCGUCCUUGGAAACGCUAGAGUCCAUGUAGGGGAUUUCAUGAAAGAAGCUGGCAACAAGAUUAAAGGAAAUAAUGGAAAGCCCCCAUCUCCUGAGAUAUCUUCGGCCGGAGCCGGGAAUCGGCCAGAUGUUGUCCAGGGUUUUGACGAUCAAGGCCAGGUGGAUAGUAUUAGCCAAGACGGCUCCAACCCCGUCUCUAGCUCUGAUGUCGACGGCAGCAUUCCCCGACUCUCUAGUAUGAAAACACUCAGUCCCGCCGCUUCCUUUGGGGCUGGGAGCCUUGGCUUGGAGGCCCGAAAUAUCGAGGUUGAUGAAUCGGAAAUCGACAUGCUCCAAAGCUCUAUACCUACACAAACGCUAUUAGGUCAGAAAUAUUCGGAUUGGUAUUAUCAACAGUUAGCAAAUCGAUCUCAGUUGCCCACGUCACCUUAUCCCCAAGUUCCUAUAUCUGAAGCAAUAUAUGGGGGGCACCAGCCGCAGGGGCCACACGAACUCUAUGGCUCCUCUACCUUUGGGAUCGACGGUGCUCAAGAUGGAGGAGAAAUUCAUGAACUAGCGAGUAGCAGCCGGGGUGAAAUGCUGUCAAACUAUGGAUACCUAGAUUUCUGGCAGGAUACACCAGAUAUCGACCAGAUUUCUUCUGGGCGACUGCUCGGACCUCCUCUAUUAGGGCCUGAAUUUCUACAGGACAGUACGCCCGAUUCUAUAAUAAAUACUCUCCCUUUAUCUUCCUCGACUACUGUAGCGAAACUUCCAAAAGAUAUCGGAGAGGAUCUACGACGUGAAGACCCUCUUUUGAAUCGACGUUUCUUAGUUGGAGCAUGGCAAAUGCUCAAGAAACUUCGUAUUGCCUCGAAGCAUGAAACUGCGUCUCCUCAAAUGCGUGCCUUCGUCGACUCACUCGGGGGACUCGACAACAUAAUUGGGGUUGGCUUAAGUGCAUUGAAGAAUAUUCUAGACGGCAAUAUCCCGACUGACAUCACUCAAGUCUACUGCUUCCUUCAUGUUGCUUACGCGAUGUCGCGAGCGGAGAAGAACGCAAAGGAUGAUGACUUACUCCCGUUAGCAUUUCGUAAUGAUCUUGAGCUUUUCCGAAAAUGCUUGCCAUCUACCAGCGAAGUGCCGGAUCAGCCCACCCAGCAAGAUCUCUUUGAUGAGAUUGUCAAGGUAAUGUGGAAGGAAGUCCAAAGAGCUGUGGAAUGGACUGGUUCAUUUUUGGGCAAAGAUCUUAGUCGACAACUACGGGAUAGUAUUAAAGUUGAUGUGCCGGUUGCAAAGAGAUCUCCUAUUAAUAAUAAUAAGGGACCCUCAGGUGGAGUUCAGAAGACUCGGCCAAACGUUCCUCGAAAAGCAGCUCUAGUAAUAGAGAAACACCUUCAAGGAGUCUCACCCAAGGAACUGAGAUUACUUAUAGCACCUCCUGGAGCAUUUAACAAACCCUUCUCGAUUACCAUCGAUCAAAUUAUCAACAGUACGAUAUUUCAAGAUAUAUUGAAUACAGUAACGAAACUUGGGUUCGCAAGAUUCUUUUACUUGUACUUGAAUACCGUUUCGUCCGAUAUGCACAAAACAAUCGAGUACGAACUUCGCUUUCCCGCCACGGAAGAUGCGAGUGACUGUGUCUUCUGCGGCGACCCACAUUCUUGGGGUUCAGGUUGUCCAACCUGCGACAAGGCGAUACAGAGGGUAACCCAAUCCCAGGUAAUUGCUCUCAAAGGACUCUACGACCAAGUCACGGAGGAAUUGAAAAAGACAAAAAGCAAUACCGGUCUAGCUGUCCCCUGGUUACUUACUCCUCCAACAAACCUGGUCUUAAAAGAUAUAACACCCGUGAAAUCAAGACCAGCGAAAACAGGGGACUUUGUAUGUUCGGUUCCAAACUGUACCCGUGGUCCAUGGGUCAACAAACAAUCGCUCGAUCAACAUAUGAAAGGGUUCCAUAAUCCCAAACCCCAAGCUUACAUUAUCUGUGGAUUCAACGGGUGUACUGCCAAGCGGGGUCACAAAGGAGGGAUGGAGAAAACCUUGGACAACAUGAGGACUCACAAAAGAGAGAAUAACCAUUUUACUCCGGAGGAGUUGGUUAACGGGACCUUUGGGUUGACUAUUAAUGUUAGGCAGUAG